GCAGGAUUACAGCUUUAGCUUGGUCCCUUAACUUUACCUAGCCGCAUGGUCGCCUGUCAGUCACCUCCUUUUCCCAUCCCGCCCUCCUAUUAUUAUCUUUUGAACAAAAUCUUUUAUUUGUCUUCAAUCCUCCCUAGACUUUCCAAAUUUCUUGUUUCUUUUUGUUCUUUUUGCUUUUGGGCAAGAUUUGCAUACCACUUCGACCAAUCCGAAUCAUCUUCGCAUCUCGGAAGAAGAACAGCAUCGAAUUAAAGACGCGCAAUCGCUGCUUUACUUUCCAGGGUCUCGGAGCAACCCCACGGCGCCACAACCAGGUGUUUGAAUUUUAUGACGUCUGCCCAUUCUGUUGCGACACAACGACCCAUUUAUCGAUAGUAAAAAGAGCAACACAUUGGCGAUCAACACCCUCUGUGCGUCUCGUCGCACUCAAAUUCAGGGCACAGCGUCCGAGUGUUUCGAGUUGGGCAUUACCUAGUCUGGCGACGACCCGAAAUAGCUUCUUUUUUUCCCCAGUUAAUUUUUCGAAUCCCCCUUUUUUUGGCGCACGACAAAUUCCACAUACGCGCCCGCCUAUACACAUCCCGCCCUUCCUGAAUCUCCUGCAAUGCUCGCAACCAAGAUCAUACCAGAUCGCAAAGAUCUGGUCGACUACAAUUAUGCAGUUGCGGGACAUGCCGGCACCCUAUGCGAUCCAGAUGGCGAACUAUUCAUCAAGCCCGCGACGAAGCAGGAGGUCGAGUUCUACGAGUCGGCCAACGCGCAACACCCCGACCUCGCCGACAUAAUGCCCGUCUUCAUGGGUACGCUGCAACUCAACAACCACACCGAUAUUAGCUCCAUCAACGAGCAGCUCCCCGUCGUCUCGGACGUGCUUAGCGAGCACCUGAAGGAGGAGGUGGUGGCGCUGGCACAUCAGCUCCAUCCCGCCCUAGAAGGCCCGGCGCCGGGCGAGGAGAGCAUCGCGUGGCGGCCGAACCGCAACAAGAAGAUCGCCACCGACAUCGCCAUCGUGCUUGAGAACAGCGCCUACGGCUUCGCGCGCCCCAACAUUAUGGAUUGUAAGCUCGGCGUCAGGCUUUGGGCUGACGACGCACCCGAGGAGAAGAAGCGGCGGUUCGACAAGAUCAGCGCCGAGACGACCCACAAGGAGCUGGGGUUCCGCGUCGCCGGCAUGCGAGUGUACCGCGGCUCCGAGAGGGACGAGGAGCUCGACCCGGAGGAGUACAAGAAGUACGACAAGGACUGGGGCCGUUUCAGCGUCAGCACCCCGACGGUCGUCGAGUCGAUGCGCAAGUUCCUCUUCAACCCGCGCAGCGGCGUGAGCGAUGAGGAUGCGAAAUUUGUUGCCGAGGCCUUUUGCGAGGAGCUGAAAAAGGUGGAAAAGCGCCUGGCCGCUGAGGAGACGCGCAUGUACUCCGCAUCACUUUUGUUCGUUUUUGAGGGCGACGGCCCGGCUCUGAAGCACGCCAUCAAGGUCAACGCGGAGGCGGCGGCGCGCAAGGAAGCACGGAUGACGGAGAGGCAGCGGCUCAAGGAUCUGGCGAGGCGUGAGGCUGAAGCCGAGGCCGCUGCGCACAAGGGUCGGUCACCAUCAAAUGCCGCAGCCCGAGUUGACAGCGGUAUUGACGUUAGCGGGGAUAACGAUGUGCUAACGAGGAAGGCUGCCGGUGCUCUAGACGAUUAUGAUGAUGAAGACGAUGACGACGUGAGCAGCGACGGGUCGGUGGAAACCCUUGAGCCCGUCCUGCAGUUGAGGUUGAUCGAUUUUGCGCACGCCGCAUGGGUACCUGGGCAGGGGCCGGACGAGAACGUUCUGAAGGGCGUGAGGAGUCUGAUCACAAUAUUUGAUGAGAUGUCCCGAUGACUCCGGAAACUGGCUGCAGGCAGCAUAUAUUCAUUCUCGAUCUUCUCUACUCUUUCUUGGGGCGGCCUAAUACCACCAUUUAUUUACCGAUGAAAUAUGUUUAGAAAACUACAUAUAUGGCCUGGAACUGGUUACUUUCUUGUGUAUCUCACUUCCCAUUUAUUGAACUUGCUUUUCCUGUGGGAGAUUAUAGCUUCAUAAUACUAUAAUCCAACUUCAAGAAGUCGUAGGCAUUUCUCUUCAGGGUUGGAGUAUACCAAGGUUGAGA